AUGUGGCCGACAAGGACGAAUUUGAACACGAUCCAAAACGUGGGGCCUUCCUCCCCUCCCGAAACCCCCAGGACCACAUCCCCCGUCUUUGGCCGCAAGAGCAGCCCCCCUCCGGGGGUAUUACCGCCACAAAUCCCUCCACAUUCGAUGGCGCCCCCGCCCCUGUCGACCGGCUGGACGGCAUUCAAUGGGCCGAAUUUCAGCAACACCCGAGCAAUCCGGCCCGAGCAGCUGUCUCCACGCACAACCAGUUCGUCCUCCACUUCAUCGUCGUCAGAUCCCGAGCACUCGGACGACUCGGAUGCGGCACCAGCAGGGCCAUCGCCGUCCGGAAGCACUCCUGGCCGGCGGUCCGAACCGGCCCCACCACCAGCUGUGCCGCAACCGAGACCGGGCCGCACCGUGACCGUGACGCAAGCCGAGUCGGAUCUCACCAUUGAGGAACUGAGCGAUUUCGGCGACAGCGACAGCGAGCGGCUCGACGUGGUGCGGCCGAGCGCCAUCGAAUACGCCGAAUCAGAGCGCAGCCGCUCCCGGUCCCGUAACCGGCGCGGGAUUGACCCGCGAAUUAUGCGCAACCUCGGCAACCUCAACUGCACGAGCGACAACGACGACUCGGACGAGACAGACGUGGACGAGCAGGAGUACAGGGAGUUUCUAAAAAGGUGGCGCGCCGAAAAGCGGCGCAAGCGCAUGAGCUCCGGCAGCAUCGGCAAACGCACCAUCAGCGAGAGCAUCGGCAGCGACACGGACCGCGAGGACCUCAAGGCGGUGCUCGGCGUCGACGAGGUGGGCUCGAGCGCACGCCGUUUGCGGAGAAGGGUUGGCGACCGCCGCAGCCUCCAGUUCCAGGACCCCCCGCCGCCCAGGAUCGAGGAGCUUGAUGAACCGGCCUCGAGCGACGAUGAGAUUCUUAACCUCGCUCGCGAGCUGCCGUAUUAUGAAUACGUUAGCAUGGAGGUGGAUUCUCCCUGA